GUUUGACGCAUACAGCCACAAUUAUAGUUGAAAAUCGCCGUCCGACCCGUUACGAUCAAAGGCGAUGCAAAAGGCAAAGUUAUUCUUCAGAACGGCACCGUAUUUCCAUAAGCGCACCGUCUCCGGCCUUCUUACGCGUCUGCGCCUCCACUAUUUUCAUUGUGCUUCAUCAUUCCCUGCAGUCAAUUUCAACGAAAUUCUAAGAGAUUUUGAUCAGGCUUGAAUUCCUCUUCCUCAUUUUCCCAACUUGAUUACAAAAUAGGUUUUGCCACCUGCCUUUGACACAUGGGGUGGGGAAGCAUCUACAAGAGACGAUUUAAAGUUUUUGCUUUAACUAUUUUUAUCUACCUGGAUUACAAGGCAUUACAGAAGAGAGAAAAGUGGAUAAGCAAGUUGAAGAUAGAUGCUCUAUGGCAAAAAGCUCAUGAGCGGAAUGCAAAACGUAUCCUCAAUUUGAUGAUAGAGUUAGAAGGUCUAUGGGUGAAAUUUGGACAAUACCUAUCCACUCGCGCCGAUGUGCUUCCAGAAGCCUAUAUAUACCUGUUGAAACAGUUACAGGACUCUCUUCCUCCCCGCCCUUUAGAAGAGGUUUGCCAAACUAUACAGAAUGAGUUGGGAAAAUCCAUGGAUGAUCUAUUCAUGAAUUUUGAUGGAGUUCCUCUGGCAACAGCUUCGAUAGCGCAAGUUCAUCGUGCAACUUUGAGUGAUGGACAGGAAGUUGUUGUCAAGGUUCAGCAUGAUGGUGUAGACAAAAUAAUAUUGGAGGAUCUGAAGAAUGCGAAGUCAAUAGUUGAUUGGAUAGCAUGGGCAGAACCACAGUAUAACUUCAAUCCUAUGAUUGAUGAGUGGUGCAAAGAAGCACCAAAGGAACUAGACUUUAAUCAUGAGGCAGAAAAUACUCGCAAGGUCUCAAGGAACCUAGGCUGCAGAAAGAGAUCUAAUCAUGAUGAGCCUUCUAAUCUUGUUGAUGUAUUAAUUCCUGAAGUUAUUCAGUCAACUGAAAAGGUUCUCAUACUAGAGUACAUGGAUGGUGUUCGUUUAAAUGAUUCUGAAGCACUCCAGGCUUUAGGUGUUGAUAAACAAAAACUCGUUGAAGGAAUCACACGUGCAUAUGCACACCAAAUUUAUGUGGACGGCUUAUUCAAUGGUGACCCACAUCCUGGUAAUUUUCUUGUAAGCAAGGAACCUCCACAUCGUCCAAUUUUGCUUGAUUUUGGGCUCACAAAGUUACUGUCAAACUCUACAAAACAAGCUCUUGCAAAAAUGUUUUUGGCUUCAGCUGAGGGCGAUCAUGUGGCCCUGCUGUCUGCCUUCGCAGAAAUGGGACUUAAGUUCCGCCUUGACAUUCCAGAGCAGGCUAUGGAGAUAACAACUGUUUUCUUUCGCUCUUCAACACCUGCAGCUGAAGCUUUCGAUAACAUGAAAACAUUGACUGAGCAAAGGGAAAAAAAUAUCAAGGUCAUACAAGAAAAGAUGAAAUUAAACCAAAAAGAAGUGAAACGUUUUAAUCCGGUUGAUGCAUUUCCUGGUGAUAUAGUGAUAUUUGGCAGGGUCCUUAAUCUGCUUCGCGGACUUUCGGCAACAAUGAAUGUCCGUAUAGUUUAUAUUGACAUCAUGAGACCAUUUGCUGAAUCUGCAUUGAAAUGCAACUUAAAUAAAGGGCCAAUGGUCAAUUCACAGUGGAUUUAUGAUACCCCUAUCCAUUCUGAUGUUGAGGCUAAACUGAGGCAGCUCUUAGUCGAGCUUGGAACUGCUGACAAAGUACUUGGGAUUCAGGUUUGUGCCUACAAAGAUGGAAAUGUGAUCAUCGAUACUGCUGCUGGCAUGCUUGGAAGAUAUGAUCCAAGGCCAGUUCAACCUGAUAGCUUAUUUUCUGUAUUUUCAGUAACAAAGGGAAUCACAGCAGGAAUGCUACAUUGGCUGGUUGAUAACGGAAAACUAAGGCUUGAUGAGAAUGUUGCAAACAUUUGGCCGGAAUUUCGAUCAAAUGGGAAAGAUCAAAUAAAGGUUCACCAUGUGCUUAACCAUACAUCUGGUCUGCAUAAUGCCCUUGCUGACCUGACUCGAGAAAACCCUUUAUUAAUGACUGAUUGGGAUGAAUGUUUGAACUGCAUUGCCACGGCUACCCCAGAGACUGAGCCUGGUCACAAGCAACUAUACCAUUAUUUGUCUUUUGGCUGGUUAUGUGGUGGCAUAAUCGAGCGUGCAUCUGGAAAAAGAUUUCAAGACUUUCUUGAAGAAGCAUUUAUCCAUCCUCUUAAGAUUGAAGGGGAGCUGUAUGUUGGAAUUCCUCCAGGUGUUGAAUCUCGAGUUGCAUCACUUACGGUAGAUAUGGAUGAUCUCACCCAGCUUUCAGCAAUGAGCGCCCGUUCAGACCUGCCCUCGAGCUUCCAGCCACAGAACAUUGCCCAGUCUGCAGUUACCCUUCCUAUCAUGUUUAAUGCACUCACUACUCGCCGUGCCAUUAUACCUGCUGCCAAUGGACAUUGCUCAGCUCGUGCACUUGCUCGCUACUAUGCAGCGCUUGUUGAUGGUGGUAAAAUUCCCCCACUGUCGUCUUCUUCCAUGCCACCACUGGGAAGCCACCGACACGUUCCUAAAUUCCCUUCUCCGAAGACCCCCAAAAAAAAGCUAUUAGCUAGAUGGAGGAAGGCUGAUUCAGAAAGCGGUGAUAGCUCUGAUAGCGAUGAUGGUUCUAGCAGAAAUGCUAGUGGUAACGAGUACGUAUUGGUUGUCAAUGAUGACGACACUCCAACUGACAGCCACAAUGCCAAACUUUUCAAAAACCCAAAAAUCCACGAAGCAUUUUUGGGCGUUGGAGAAUAUGAGAAGCUGACCUAUCCGGAUGGGCAGUUUGGGCUCGGUUUCAAAAGGAUACACUCAAAGGACUCCGGCCUUAUAGGGUUUGGUCAUUCCGGCAUGGGUGGAUCCACAGGCUUUUGCGACAUGAAGAAUAGGUUUGCUAUUGCAAUAACACUAAACAAGUUGUCGUUUGGGGGCGUGACUGCAAAAAUAAUUCAGCUGGUUUGCUCGGAACUUAAUAUACCAGUGCCUGAGGAGAUUUCCAUGAAAUUGGAGAGUGAAUCUAGUAAUUUAGCUCAGCCCAUUAUAAACUGAUAUAAGCUCCCAUCUCAUUUUUGUUAUUGUCAGAUAGUAACAUUAUUAUUACUUAGUUGUAGUAAUAUAGGUAAAUCUCAAGUACUGACAACGAUUUUGAGGUGUAAAAUGGUAUUUACAUAUGAAGGUUCUUAUAUUUACAAAAAAAAAAAAAAAAAAAAUGGUAUUUACACAUGAAGGGUCUUAUGUUCAUACCUUCAUCACACUUUUACCACUCCAGUGGCUGUUGUAGAAUAUUGUAUUAUUGAUGAAUUCUUCUUUUGACUGUAAUAAGUAGUGAUCGCAGUUGUGAUGAACAUUCCUUU